GCCAGGUGAGCUGGAGGAGGCUCCGGGGGGUCGGCACCAGGGGUCAGCCCCACAUCCAGGUCAGAUUUUAGGCCCUGAUAAAGUUGGGCUGUGGGUUUUGGGGGCCUGGUGGCAUUCAGGUCCCCCCUCCCGGUGUCACCUCUGGUGGGGACAGUGGGGCUGUUCCACCCUCCAGGCCCUGAGGCAGCACUUCCCAUUAGGAUUAUCUUCCACCUCCUCCUUGUAUUUAAAUGAGGUUAAAUAUAAAUAUCUGCUGGGUUCAAUGGGCAGAGAGGGGCUGAGGUGGCAGGUCACCUCAAUGUCACCUCAAUGUCACCUCAGUGUCAUGCCCAGCAUCCUGCUGUCCCCCCCCCGUGAUGAUGGCCCUGGAGGUGGCACUCAGGGUGCCCACCUGGAGCCACCCACCCGCCAGGGACACCCGGGGAUGGGGACACCAGAGGGGACAGGAGACACGGCCACCCCCAGCAGAUCUCCUCCUGCCACCGCCCGUGUGCCCAGAGGGUGACAAAGUGACAAGUGGCUUCCGGUGCCGAGGCGUGGCGCCGCCUCCGCGCUGCCGCCUCGCCGGAAGGUCCGAGCGGCCUCGGAGCCGCUCCUGCUCCUCGUCCUCCCGGCACUGCCCGUGGCACCCGCCAGGCCACCGCUGCCACCGCUGCCACCGCCACUGUCACUGUCACCGCCACUGCCACCCCACUGCCGCCACCAGCGCAGCUCCUCAGCCCCGGCGCCACAAGCCUCGGGGCAGGACGGUGUCCCUGUCCCCAGCGCGGCCCUGCCAGCUGUGCCAGGUGCCAUCUGUGCGUGGGGAGUGGGCACGGGGUGUCACGUGUGUGCGCGUGUCACCGUGUGUCGUGUGUGUGUGUGUGUGUGCAGGUGUCGGUGUGUACAGCAGGUGUCACACGUGUCACAUGUCGCUCACAGUCAGCGUGUGUGCACCAGGUGUCGCGUGCAGGGCUGGCAGGAGGCACCGGGGGCACACAUGUGCAGGAAUGUGGGCACCAGCUGGCAUCUGUGUGGGACCGUGUGCGGGCACUGGGUGGCACUUGUGUGUCUGUGCGUGGUGUCACACGUGUGCAGGUGUGCAGGGGGUGUCACACAUGGCAGGUGUGUUCAUGGCUGUCACAUGUGCAGGUGUGUUCAUGGGUGUCCCAUGUCACAUGUGUGCAGGUGUUCAGGGGGUGUCACACAUGUGCAGGUGUGUUCAUGGGUGUCACAUGUGCAGGUGUGUUCAUGGCUGUCCCAUGUCACACGUGUCCAGGUGUAUUCACGGGUGUCCCCCGUGUGACCAGGGCUGUCACAGGGACAGGGACACAGCAGGGCCGGGUUAUUUCGGGCCCAGGGCGAGGAUGGAUCCCAGCCCCCGCCUCCCAAACCUCCACCCGACCCUUCCCGGCUCCCGGCGCUGUGUCCCAGCGCUGCCGGCGGGAGGCGAUGCAAGGGCCGGUCAGGAAUGCCCGCGGUGCUCCCUCCGUGCCAACCAGGCACCUGUGCCACCCCGGAUCCCUCUCCCGGGUGACCCGCGGGCGCUGCCACCGCUGGCUCGUCCCCUCCCGCCCUCUUCCAUCACCCUGGGGCUGUUCCCAGCGCUGCCUCCCUCCACUCCUGGGCCCUGCUCCGUGCCUCAGUUUCCCCACCCGAGCUCCCCGCAGGCUCCCGCAGGUCCCACGGUCCCUCCCGCAGCCGCCGCUCCCCCGGGGCCACCGUGUCCCCUCCCCAUGUCCCUCCCGGAUCCCCCCGGCGCCAAACCCGGCGCUGAGCUCGGGUUUGAUGGGAUUAUCCCGGCGGGCGGGAUUACACGCGAGGAGUGAGGAUUAGCCACGGCGCAUCGGCACGACACCGCCACAGCCGCAGCCACAGCCAGCGGCCCGAACUGGGCUGAACUGGGAGCGACUGGAGCCCAGGUGUGACGCCGAGCCCCAGCUCGGCCGGGCCCCUCCGGGAGCGGCGGCUUCAGCAGCCGCUGUUUAAUUAACCGGCUGCUGGGAACCGCCACAAAGAGACGAGGGGGAUCUCUUUAUCCCCCUUUUUUUUCUCUUUUUAUUUGACAAAAUUGUAAUUAAAUAGGGAGUAAAAUCCCGGUAGCACACGGCAGCCCCUCGGGGAGCUCCGCUGUGCCAGCCCACUGCUCUCCCUCUCCCCCUGCUUCACACAGCGAAUCCAAACCCUCACCAUCCCUUUUUGGGGACAUCACCAAAGCCUGGGCGUCCCUGAGCCCGGCGGGGUGGCCCCAAGGCCACCGUGUCCCAUUUGCCGCUGGCCGGGCAGUGCCAAGGCUGCGGGGCCUCCUGGGGUGCCCAGCUCCGGCUGCUCCCCCAGCCCCGGGCAGCGCCCGCAGCUCCCGGGACAAAGCUCCGGGGUGCCGGUGGCACCACCAGGCAAGGCUGGCACGGCUCCCACUCUGCUGCGCUGCUCCUCGUGCCCCCAAACCCACCGGGGGCACCCCGCCUGGCGCAGCGGGGCAGGCAAAGCCCCCCCGGGCAGCGCGGUGCCCCUGCCCGGUGCCAACAGCCCCGGCCCGGGCUGGGACCGGCCCCAGCCGGGAGCUGCUCCCAGGGCCCGGCGCGGCUCAGCCCGCCGGAAAAAUGAAAUCGCAUCCAAAGUGGCAGGUUUAAUUAAAAAUAUUCCAGCUUGUCUGGGGAUCCAAACCGCAGCCGGCACUGCAGCAGGGAUCUGCAUCCAGCGGCAGCGCCCGGCGGGCAGCGCCGGGGCAGCGCGGGGCUUACUGGUUUAACUGGGAGCCGGAGCGGGGCCUGGCGUGUGCGGCCAGGGCCGAGGGGACAGGG